AGAUCAAGGAGUGGAAAGUUCUUCACCAGCACUGAGAAUCUCAAGGUUUGUCGUCUGGGACAGUCGGGGUAACGGAGUUGGGAGCGGUAUUUGUGAAACCAGCUACUUUGAUUAAAACCCUUUUGGAAUCUGCUUUGCUCAUAUGCUGUCUCUGCAAGAUUUCACCAUGGGCAGUGGCUAUUACAACAUAGUGGCUACCGUGUUGUUGGUCACGAAUUUUGAGAGGACAGGAUCAAUGCAGGAUUCCUGUAGUAAAUGCCUAGCUGGUACUUUCUGUGGGAAAAACAAGGGUCAGAUCUGCCUUCCUUGUCCUCCAAAUAGUUUCUCCAGCACCAGUGGACAAAAGGCCUGUGACAUAUGCAGGCAGUGUGAAGGUGUUUUCAGGACCAAGAAGGUGUGUUCCCCCAUCAGCAAUGCAGAGUGUGAGUGCAUCUCAGGAUUCCACUGCUUGGGGGCAGGAUGCACCAUGUGUGAACCGGAUUGUAAACAAGGUCAAGAAUUAACCAGAGAGGGUUGUAAAGACUGUCGCUUUGGGACAUUUAAUGAUCAGAAACAUGGCUCUUGUCAACCGUGGACAAACUGUUCUUUGGGUGGCAAAUCUGUACUUGUGAAUGGGACAAAGGAAAGUGAUGCAGUAUGUGGACCAGCUUCGGCUGACUUCUCUCCAGGUACAACCUCUGCCUCCUCGUCUGCCCCUGCAAGAGAUCCAGGUCACACCCCCCAGAUCAUCAUCUUCUUUCUUGCACUGACGUCGGCUGCCAUGCUGUUCCUGGUGUUCUUUCUGGUGCUCCGUUUCUCUGUUCUUAAACAUGGCAGAAAGAAACUCCUGUAUUUAUUCAAACAACCAUUUGUGAGGCCAGUACAAACUGCUCAAGAGGAAGAUGCCUGUAGUUGCCGAUUUCCAGAAGAAGAAGAAGGAGAAUGUGAGCUGUAAAGCAGAAAUCCAAAACUCCACUGGGACUGUCUUGAGAAGGAUUACAGGAGAAACAUGAAGGAUCCCACCAUCAUAUCUUUUUAAAUUGAAGACACUCGUCCUAGAUAAGACUCAGGAUUACCCCCAAAUUUUUUCAAAUACCGACAGGUUAGCCUUUAAAAAAUGUACCCCUUUUAGCACAUGUAUGGGACAGAGCUUGUGGGAAAGGGGCAUUUUCUAGAUAAUGCUUAAUAGGCUUCAGCUAGUUUGUUUUUGAAAUCCAAAGAGAAUUAUACUUAAAAUUACAUCACAUAGGAUAAUGGCCCAGCUAAAAUGAUAGCUAAAAAUCAAUUCCAUUUUGUGUGUGUGUGUGCUAAUAUAACAUAUGACAAAAAGCCAUAAGAUGCAGGAAAUACCCCCAACCAAACUUUCCAUUGGUUCGGAUAUUCAAGACAAUGAGCUCUACUGAUAUGAGGGGAGAAAUUAUGACAGUGCCCAGAUUUGAGGUCAAGGGAAAAAUAUCUCAGACCUUGAGGGAGAGUUUUGGAAAGAGUUCCAAUGUCUUUGCACAUUUUGUGGUCCCCCCCAUCUUUGUAUCUUCUGCUUUGUAUUGCUCCUCUCUGAACCAGGGCUUACGUUUUGCUUCUUUGUUGUUUAGAUUUUUUUUAUUUAUUAUUGAAGUAUAAUCGACAAUGUUAUAUUAGUUUCAGGUGUACAACAUAGAGGCUCCACAAUUCUGUACAUUACUCAGUGCUCACCGUGAUGAGUAUUGUCCCCAUCUGUCCCCAUAUGGCGUUAUUACAGUAUUAUUGACCGUAUUCCCGAUGCUGUACUUUUCAUCUCUGUGACUUGUUUAUUUUAGAAUUAGAAGUUUGUGUCUCUUAAUCCCCUUCAUCUGUUUUGCCCAUUUUAAAAAAUUGGCUUAUGUGUUUUCGAUUCUUAGGAACAUUAAAAAUAAUAUCUGGCACAUACACUAAAUAAAUGGAAGAAGUGGGAAUGAACAAUCAUAGAAUGAAGUCCCAUGAACCCAUAGCCCAACCAGAGGACUAGAGCGGAGUUGUCAAACUUCCACAGGCCAGAUAUUAGGGGUCAUGUGUCUCUGGAUGGCUUAUGAGCUAAAAAUGAUUUUUACAUGUUUAAAUAGUUAAAAACAAAUCAAAAGAAGACUAAUAUCUAAUGACAUGAAAAAGUAUGUAAAAUUCAAAUUUCAGAGUCCAUAAAUAAAGUUUUAUUGGAACAAACAACCAUACUCAGGUGGCUUUUGGGUUACAACAGCAGAUUUGAGUAGAGACAAAACACUGUAAGGCCCACAAAGCCUGCAAUAUUGAACAUCUGACCCUUCAUAGGGUCAGAGUCAAGGUCAACCACCAUCUGUGUGUUGCUUCCCUCCCUCAUCUGCCUACCUCCCCACCUUGCCCCCAGGCACGCUCUCUCAGGAAGGUCAAUUUGAUCCAUUCCCUUGCUUAAAAAAAGAAUCAUUGCUCAUAUAUUUAUGAGCAAUGUUAUUUAAUUUUGC